AUGAUUUCCGAGACGGCCAUGUCGCUCAUGCGGCGCGAUAACGUGCCCAAGCCAAAUCUUGGCCAUGAGAUUAACCAGCUUCCUGACUGGUCUUUCUACGUCUUUUUGGCCAACUUCCUUCUCUUUAUCCCAGUCUUUGCCCUCUGCUCGUACACUUUCGAAAAGGUCUUCCCCGUUCUCGCCAUCGUCGAAGAUGAGAAGCCUCCUGCUUACGCUCCUCUCGCUGUCGAGCAUCUCGCCGCCAACGACGACAUGACCAAGCCUACCGGAGCUCCUUCUGCUCCCGUUGCCGGCCAGGGCAAGCCCAUUACCUCGUCUUUCCGUGCUACAUUCAGCCUCCUUCGAUCUACUGGUGGCUUCCGAGCUAUGUACCGUGGCAUCUUCAUGCAUGCUCUCCAAGCUCUCGCUCUCGCAGUCAUCAACACUGCACUUUACCACAUUACUCCUUAUUCGUUUAUUAUCGCCCACUUGCUCAGCUCUCUUAUCUGUGUCCAGCUCAGCACCGCUUGGGUUCACAUUGUCAUUACGCCCGAGUCCCAGGAAAGAUGGUACAGCCGAAUCCCUGCUUUCAAGUCCACUUUCCUCGCCACCUGGAGGCCCAUCGUCAUCUUCUGGGCUGCUUCUCAAAUCGUCACCCUCGGUGGCAUCAGCACAUUCUACGCCAUGGGCACUGAUGGCCAAGAAAUUCCCCAGUUCGACGGUAGCGAAGGCAGCGUUUGGGGCAUCAUGAUCCUGGCUCUCUUCCUCCAGAUCGCCGUCCAAAUUCCUGCCUAUGUUGUUCUCAUUCGUGUCCAGGCCUCUCUCCUUCCCGCCGACGCCGACACCAUCAUUCCCUUCGACCGCUCUUUCAAUGGCCGCAUCGAGCCUGUCGUUGUUGGUGGUCGGGGUUAUGCCACUGUUCGUGACGCUUGGUCCAGCUUCUCCAAGUCUGCCUGGAAGCGCAUUGUCAUGCUCGAGCUCAAGGUCGUUGCUGUCUCUUUUGCCUCCAUCUUUGCCCUGAUGGUUGUCAUAAUUCCCCAGAUCAUCCUCCUGGCCUCCCUGAGUGCCUCAAGCGGAGACGGCCCCAGUGACGGGGACAUGAAGAUGUAA